GAACAUAGAUGAUUAAACUUUAUAUUUGAGUCUUGACACUUGUUUAUCGAUUCUAAAAACGCAAUAAAACUUUUACACAAAGUGAAAAUUUAUCAGUAUCUUAUUGUCUUAUUAAUGCGAAGAUUAAAAAUUACUGGUGCGAAUUAAUUGUAAUUUUCAGCCAUGACAAACGCAUUGGCUGUUUGUCUCUCGUACUUAUUUUUUGUGGGUUUGUCAGCAGCUAGACAAAUUCCAAAAGAAUGUUCCAAAGGUCCUGAAUAUUGGUGUAAAAGUUUGAAGAUUGCGGCAGACUGUGGUGCAGUAGGUCACUGCAUAAGCACAGUGUGGGAACAUCAAAAUGUUGCCUUUGACAAAAAUGACGCUUCGGAGAAAAUUGUGCAUCUCUUCAGUGAAUUGAAAGAUGUCAAGGAUCUUAUUAAUGAGGAUUACCUAGCGACUCGCGUAAGCAGCGCUUGUCGCGACAUACCCAACUCCGCAGUGACUCGUCUCUGCAAGGACAACACAGCUGAUCUAGCGCAGUACAUCAACCAUGUACUACUGUCGGAUACUACGCCGGAAACUAUGUGCAGGAUUAUAUCUAUAUGCGGCAAUGAAAAGGUCGAGAAGUUUAUGCAAACGAAAAAGACUGCCAUCGAACCAAAAGGACAUAAACCCGUUUUGGUCGGAGCUUCAAAAUGUACAUGGGGACCGUCGUACUGGUGUAGCAAUUUCAGCACCGGUCGUGAAUGCAAAGCCACACACCACUGCGUGGAGCGAGUAUGGUCGCGUAUGACUCUGCCGCAAGAUGACGACGGCAUCUGCAAGAUUUGCAAGGACAUGGUGAAGCAGGCUAGAGACCAGCUGCUUAGUAAUGAGACUCAGGAGGAACUAAAAGAAGUGUUCGAAGGUGAAUGCAAGCUGAUCCCCAUCAAGAUAGUGACAAAGGAAUGUAUCAAGCUAGCGGACGACUUUGUGCCAGAAUUGGUUGAGACUCUCUCGUCACAAAUGAACCCGGACCAAGUGUGCAGUGUGGCUGGAUUGUGUAAUAACGCUAGGAUUGAUAAAUUGCUUGAGGAUUAUACUGCAACAAUGAAACUCCACGCGGGAUGCUCGAACUGUCGCAGAGCGGUCGGGAUCGUGAGAAAGCGAUUCGAUGCCACCAGCUAUGAAGAUUUCCUUGUUGGACUGUUACAGGUGUGCCGCAACACCGGCUCUCUAUCGGACUCGUGCUCGAUGCUCGUGUUCCAAUACUUCGAGAACAUUCUAGAAGCUGUUCGCAAGGACUUCACACCGCAUGGCGUGUGCCACGUGUCCGGGCAAUGUACACACAAGUUCCACUCGCACGAUCUGUACACAUUCACUGAUGAUGAUCUGACCGGAUUGAAGGCAUCUGACGAUGUUCCCUGCGAAUUCUGCGAGCAAGUGAUCAAGCACUUGCGUGACACGUUGGUCGCCAACACCACUGAACUCGAGUUCCACAAAAUACUUACAGGACUCUGCAAACGCACCGGCAACUUCAAAUCGGAAUGCCUCCAACUAGUAGAACAGUAUCACUCCACGGUAUAUUACUUCCUGGUAUCAGAGCUUAAAGAAGACAAGAUUUGCAGUUUCAUCGGUAUUUGUGGGAAAAACACAGAUGCGCCAGUGGCACCACUAUUGCCUAAGGAAUUGGCGGUUAAAGCUGUGACUAUGUCGUCUAAAUUGAUUGGACAAGAUGAAGCUAACAGCUACACUACACCUAAGGUGGCCCACGUCCCAGUACAACAAAAAGCUGUGAACGUAAAAGUAAUGCAACCAGACACGAAUAUGGAUUGGCAGUUACAACGCAUGUUCGUGUCUCUACCCGCAGACGAAGAGUCCAGCAACGCUCUAUGUUCCUUCUGCCAGUACUUCCUGCACUACCUGCAAGUGGAACUGAGCGACGACAACACUGAGGAAGCAAUAAAGAAAGCAGUGGAACAGUCGUGUGACGUGCUCCCGCAGUCUAUCAACUCUGAGUGCCGUCAGUUCGUCACCGAGUAUGGGCCAGCUGUUAUAGCGCUGCUCGUUCAAGAGAUCGAUCCGGCUAGCGUGUGUCCAGCAUUAGGCCUAUGUGCGUCUACAACUGAAGUGCAGCGAGUUGCAAUUAACUCUGACAAAUCCAACUGCCCAUUGUGUCUGUUUGCUGUUGAACAACUUGAAAUCAUGCUGAAGGACAACCGUAGCGAGGCCAGCAUUCGAAAAGCCCUCGACGGUCUAUGCAACCACCUUUCCGCCAAACUGCGUACAGAAUGCGUCGAUUUCGUAGACACAUACAGUAAUAAGCUAAUCGAGAUGCUGCUAGCUGAUCUCAACGCUCAAGAGAUUUGCGUAUACCUUAAGCUUUGCAAGGAUGACGUCACAACAGCUGAUCCCUUGGGUAUCACGAAAUCGGCAAUAGAUAAAUACCACGAUAAGCCGCAAUUGAGAGGAGACAGGAAUAACGUGAGGAAACCGAUGCUGCCUAAGUAUAUGUUGGAGGCAAGUGCUGGAGGAGAUAUUGAAACAAACGAAAUCCCGGACAGCACAGUGAACGGGCAUCAAAUUAAAGUAUCAGGCCCCAAAACUGCGUGCGUCAUCUGCGAGUUUGUGCUCAAGGAGAUCGACGAUCAGAUCAAGGAUAAACAUAAUGAUGACGAAAUAAAGCAAAUCGUUCGCGGUGUAUGCAAGCACAUGCCCAAAUCAGUGCGCUCCGAGUGCGACCAGUUCGUGUCCAAGUACGCAGACCUGGUCAUCAGUCUGCUGGCACAGGAGUUAGAUCCUGAUGAGGUUUGCAGGGAACUGAGGCUCUGCGACUCUGCUGAACUGUCUGCUGUGAGAGAGGAAAUUCUCGACUGCGCGGUGUGCGAGACAGUAGUGAUGGCGGUCAAGAAAGUGCUCUCCAAUGACAAAGUGGACCGCAAUAUUGUGCACAUUGUUGAGAAGUCCUGCAAUUUGCUGCCAGCCAAAUAUCAUGACAGGUGCCACACAAUGCUCGAAAUUUACGGUGAGAGUGUAAUCCGUCUGAUAGAGGACUACGGUUCAAAGGGCGUGUGUCGCAAGAUCGGCCUGUGUUCGGGAACCGACGCCGCAUACGUUAAUAUGUAUAAGGGGAAGAAUUAAGCAGAUAAGCCACACCAUCCAUUAUAGGUGGCAACAUUCGUAAUCUCUCGUUAUUUUUAAGCUACGGUCAUUUUUUACCAAAUAAUUUUAGAUCUUAUCAUUUCAUUUUUGUUGUAACCCUUCGACCUGUGACUUUAGUAUAGCUAGGGAUUAAAAUUGAUAUUAAAGUUUUUAAUUAUUUCGUCAUAUUUUUUUUUCAUAAUACUUUUUGUAACAGUAAUCGUACUGUACUUAGCUUUACGUUUUCACGAAGAAUUGUGUACUUUUUAUUUUGUAUCAGUGAAUAAUUUUUCUUUUCCUUUCUUUUUAUUAUUUCCCUUGAAAUUGUAACACGUUAGCCUGUGAUAGAAAAAUCUUUUGUAACUAUGUAUAAUAAAAGUUGGGUGAAAUA